AUGGUUCUUGACAGCAUAAUAUCUUCCCCGCAUCGGUGGUCACAGAACACAAUAUCUUCACCGUCAUUGAGAAGACAAUUCUCAAGAGGGAAUGAUUAUGGGGGCUGUUCAACUCUCCUUCAGCGGCACCGCUUCCUGCUCACGGCUCUUGCCCUCCUAGCCUUCCUCUGCACUGUAUAUCUGUAUUUUGCGGUCACCCUAGGCACUGGCGACACGUGCUCUGGGUUGAGUGGGACACAAAAAGCAUUGUGUCACAUGGAGCAGGCUAAAGCAUCUGUGGCCAAAGGGAAACUGAAAUUCUUCUAG